CAGAAACAAUAUGGCGGAGGUGAGGCGGCGCAAGAGCUGGUUUUACCCCGAUGUGAUUUAAUGACUGCGCCGCGUUUUUGCUGGCUCCCGAGCGGCCGGCGGUUGAGGGAUAGAUCGAGGGAGCGGCGCUUGAGCCGCUGGUUUUGGUGAAUUUGGAGUCGGCGGGUGCAGGCAUUAACGGCCUCUGUUGGUAGACAGAGUCCACGUGUGGUGUUAUAUCGAACACAGAAUCUAUGUUCCUUAGAAAACGGGCUUCAGUCUGGAGGAGCUGGCUCAAUGGGCUCAGCAGAUCACAGAUUCAAUUUGGCCGAUAUCCUAUCUCACAGUUACCCGCCUCAGGAAGAGGAGGAGACGCCUGAGGCCGAUAAAUCAUUUGAGGAUCUGGAAAGGGAAAGUGAUGUGCCUUUCGAAGAACUUCUAGCACUUUAUGGUUAUGAAGCAUCCGAUCCAAUCUCGGAGCAUGAAAGUGAGGGCAGCUCACCCAGUGAGCUUGCUGAUAACUUGCCGGAUAUGACUCUGGAUAAGGAACAAAUCGCUAAAGAUCUUCUUUCUGGAGAAGAGGAGGAAGAAACCCAGUCUUCAGCAGAUGAUUUGACUCCGUCAGUCACUUCCCAUGAAGCAUCAGAUCUUUUUCCCCACCCUCUGAGAUCUAAUUCUAUUGAGGAUGAUAAGGAACUGUCAUUAUCAGAUGAGGACUCUGAAGAAGAUGAUUCCAUUUUGUCUAAUGACUGUAAGAAGGAAAUUAUGGUUGGACCUCAGUAUCAAGCUCCUAUUCCACCAUUCAUCGGCCGAUAUAGGCAAAAUGAAAAAGUUUAUGACAAUGAGGACCAACUGCUUUGGGAUCCCUACGUUCUUCCAGAAAAACAAGUUGAAGAGUUCCUAUACAAAGCAGUAAAGAGAGCAAGAGAUGAGAAAGUGAAUGAGAGUUUACCUGAAGGAAUACUCAUUAAAGAUAGUGAACAGGCUUUGUAUGAACUUGUAAAAUGUAACUUCAAUGCAGAGGAAGCCCUCAGAAGACUAAGAUUUAAUGUCAAAGUAGUGCAAGAUGAACUGUGUGCCUGGAGUGAAGAGGAAUGCAGAAAUUUUGAACAUGGGCUUCGAGUUCAUGGUAAAAACUUCCAUCUCAUACAAGCAAAUAAGGUAAGAACACGUUCUGUUGGCGAGUGUGUUGCAUAUUAUUAUAUGUGGAAGAAAUCCGAACGCUAUGACUAUUUUGCCCAGCAAACCAAAUUUGGAAAAAAGAAGUACAGCCUUCACCCAGGUGUUCUAGAUUACAUGGACCAGGAGUUGGACGGUAUCGAGGGUGAGAGUUGCAGCCGAACUCCAAACUCUCCACCCAUCUCCUCUGCUACCAGUAGACUGGACUCUGAGCAGGAUCAACUAGUCCUUCAGAACUCAGAACAGCAAGAUGUCGAAAUUGCAGUUUGCACCAUGAGUGGUAACAGCCAGAUGUUUGAGUACUGCAGUCCUCCAGUGAACCGAUCUGAAACAAGUUGUUCGCUGGAUCCCAUCUGUGGCCAAGGAAGAGUUACACCCACACACGACUGUGAUACUGUUACCUUAAGUCAAGCAGAAUCUGGGUUUUUCCAGCUGGAACUGGAUCAAGUCAUUCUGGACAGACCAGCGUUGGAGAUGUCCUCAAAAAAAUUGAAGAUGGAUUUCUCUCUACCCAAAACAUUCAAUCCCGGACUGCCUGAUAAUCCUGGCAGUGUGGAUUUUGAAAACCACACCUCGCACAUCGCUCAGGCAAAAAUGUCUGUUGCUGUGACGGAUUUUGGAAGUAUUGAUGUUGGAGAUGUGAACAGCUUGCUCAGUGCUCACACAUUGCACCACCCUGCAACUAUUCAUUCGGAAUCGUUAUCUCAGUGAGAGCUAGGCGUCUUACAGAAUAUUUUAUUUAUAUUUUACUUUAAAAGUUACUGGAAAUCUAAUUUUUGGCAUGACAUCAGUGAUGUCUUCUAUUUAUUUACAGUGUGUAUUUGUUUCUUGAGAGGAAAGAACCAUUUAUUUUUGGGCCCAGAUACAAGGAUAGAAUCUAACCCUCUUUGGAUGUUACAUGGAGAGGAGACUUUCCCCACACUUUACAGAUCAACCUUUUCACCUGUUCAGUUUUUGUAUUCGUUUUGUCUGUGAAAUUGGAUUCAUAUCGAUUUCACCAGCAAGUCUCAUUCAUGGCAUUUUAUUCUAGUCAUAGACAUGAUCAUUUUUUUUAUUGUGCACGGUGUUUAAAGUUCAACUCCAGUCAUUUCCUGCAUCUCUAAGAAGCUAAUCAGUGUUCCUUUUGGACAAGGGUGUGUGUGCAUUUUGUGUGUGACAGAUUUCUAGUUGUAUCUUCGAUUUAACCAAACCACCUUAAUGGUGGAAGAAGCUACUUUCAUGACCAAGAAAGAGAAACAUGGAAUAGCUGAGCCUAUGAAUGGUUUGGGCAAAUAUGAACUAUUCAAUUUAAGCAAACCUCAUUUUGUAUCAACUGUCUAUCUGUCCCCUUUUUGGAUCCAGCUGCCAGAGGUGAGCCAACCUUGAACCAUUUUGAACUGGUACAAAACAAUGAUCUGGGUGCCAGGAGAGGGCACAUAUUAUCCAAUCACUAGAACCAGGGUAGUACUAGGGAUUGCUGAAACUGGGUCCCAGGGACUCCAUAUACCAAAAUGUGAGCCGGUUGCUGUGUUGAAUUUAUGCCACUAGAUGAUGGUUUGUGGUAAAUAUUUUGCUGUACAUCUAGUGUUAAUAAAAGGGUACUGCAUGGA